UCCAACCCCAAGACCCAAAGCCCCAGCGGCCAGCGCUAUAUCCAUCCCCUCCCCGUCCCGCUCUUCCACUGCACCACCCACACAGCGCAGCUCGCAACAAAGCCUGCCAAGUCCCAGCCAGCUGAGAGCUAGCAGCAGGAAGCGAACCAACUCGCCCCCCGGUCGCUCGUCGGAGCCAAGAAAGGCAACGCAGCAUGUGCAACCUCAUCACGAUCCCGUCGGUCGCCUGGCUGCGCCGCGCCGUGCGCCGGUGGCGGGCCCGCCGCUCCACCUCAGCUAUUGUUCCGUCGGGGCACGUCGCGGUCUGCGCGGAGGGCGCGCGGUUCAUGGUGCGGCUGGCGCACCUCAGCCACCCGGCCUUCCUGGAGCUGCUGCGGCAGGCGGAGGAAGAGUACGGCUUCCCGACCGGCGCCUCCGGCCCCGUCGCGCUCCCCUGCGACGAGGACCGCCUCCGCGACGUCCUCCGCCGCGUCUCCUCCCCGUCCCACUCCGAGGAGCCGCGCCGCCCCUCCUUCUGCCGCCGCCGCCGCCGCGGCGACUCGCGGCCGCUGCUGCAGGGGGUGGCCUUCCCUUGAGCGCGCGCGCCGCGGCGCCGAACGAUCGGGCGACGGAGCACACCCAGUUUCUGCCGCGCGUAACGGCAGCAACUGGUGACAGGCACGGUCCCCCGGACGCGUACGCACAGCAAGCGCCGAAACGCUGAUCAGAAGGGCCGGCGUGCUCCUCUGCGCUGCGUAAUGCCGGCGAUCGGACACGCACGUACUGGAGCUGGGUUCUGGGUAGUACAGUAUGUGACGGUGAUGGUACUAGUUAGUAACUGAUCGAAGAAGGCGACAAUUUUUUGGGAUUGUUUUCUCUGUAACUAUUCUACUACUCGUCUGUGCAACUCCUUGCCGACGCAUACGAGUGAAUUAUUAAUUAGUUAGUAAUAAAGAUUGAUUGAUUGUUCUUGUUGUACACGGAAUUUGUCAUCGUUUGUGAUUCAUGCAUGUCUUCGUCAUGUUGA